UGUACUGCAUGUAAUUGUGAAAAAAUAAGAAAAUGACAGAUCAUCAAACCACGGGAUUGGAAUGUGAUUUAUUUAUUAUUUAGAAUUUCUGUGCAAAUCGGCUAUUAUUUAUAUAUUCAUUCAAAUUUUUCAAUAACAGCAGAGUGAUGGCGGAGACAAGCGAGGCGCAGGCAAGCGCGUCAGCGUCGGCACCCGGCGGAGAUGCUGGUCAAGAGGAGGAGAAACACGAUGAACGUAUGCUGGAGUGCAACAUCUGUUUGGACACAGCCCGCGACGCUGUAGUCAGUAUGUGUGGACACCUCUUCUGUUGGCCAUGCCUACAUCAAUGGCUGGAAACGCGCCCAAGUCGACAGGUGUGUCCAGUGUGCAAAGCUGCGAUCAGUCGCGACAAGGUGAUCCCACUGUAUGGGCGGGGCAACACUAAACAGGAGGAUCCAAGAAAUAAGGUGCCGCCACGGCCCGCCGGCCAACGUACUGAGCCAGAAAACAACAGCGGCUUCCCAGGGUUUGGAUUCGGAGAAGGGUUUCACAUGUCUUUUGGAAUUGGUGCAUUCCCAUUUGGAAUAUUCACCUCCACGUUCAACUUUGGUGAUCCAAGACCUAGUGCAGCUCCCCGCGGGACAGCGCAGUAUGAAGAAGAACAGUUCCUGUCGAAGAUAUUCCUAUGGGUGGCCAUAUUGUUCGUGCUGUGGCUGAUCUUCGCAUGACUGCCGUGUGUGGACACGCUGAGCAGCAAGCACCCUGUGCACUCCUAGCCCACUGCAAGCUCCACUGGAACGACUGUUGAACUUAACCUAAUAUAUUCAAUAGACAAUUGACGCGUAACGUGUAGCGAGACAUGUAACCAAACAUUAUAAGCAAAGAAGCUCUAUUUUGUUACAAAACCAAGAAAUAUGUUACAUGUCAUUUGGCCCUGUCGCGUGCUGUUGCGCCUCAAUUGUGACAUGGCGAAUACAUGGCUUUACAAUUCAUUUAAAAUAAGAAUAGGAAUGUCAAUGACCUAACGUUUUAUCAGUUGAUUAGACUUGUUUUGUUUUUUUUAACUAACCAGUGAUAUGAACUUAUAUCACCUACUACAAUUAAAUAUGUAUACAUAAUUGUUUAUGGUUCUAAAAAGACUGGACACGAUCACGUAAUCUACCAGAGGGAAACUUUAUACAAAAAUCGAUUGCUUGGGCACCUCUGUCCCAUUCGUGUUUCUACCGUGAAGCAGCUGUGUUUCGGUUUGAAGGGUGGGAUAUGGCGUGAAUUUACAGGGUACAGAGGAAUAACACCUGCGUCCUCAGGAAUGGCAACGCAUGGGGGGUAUCAUGGGCGAAACAGUACACUCUGUUAUGUCCAUGGUACUGCUCAUGUCUAUAGGCGACGGUUACCACUUUCCAUCAGGUGGGCCGUCAGCUUGUUUGCCAUUCUAAGUUGUAUAAUUGUAUAAUGUUGUCCGAUGUCAACUCGUGAACUCCAUUGUAAUCUAGAGACGCCAAAACAAUCGCAGCUAAAUGAUUAUAUAUUCACAAUAUAAUUACAUUACUCCAUGUCUCUUAAAAACCAUAAGUCAUGCAACGCAAAAGUCAAAAUUUACAUUUUUUUUUUAAUGGGUGAAAAUGGUAACCCCGCCUGCGCUAACGGGAUACGCUGGCGGAGCACCGGUGAAGGGUGAUAGAUGAGAAUGAAAACAGGCCAGUUAGCCCAUCAUGAUGAAUUCAUCUAAAAUUAAUCAUGAUAGUUUCCAGGGGGAACCGUGAAGAGGUCGACCUUGUUGGGUAUAUUAUAUAUAUAUAACUGUCUUAUAAUUACAUAAUUAAGAGGAAUUACUUAAAUUACUAAGGAUUACUUUAAUUCACACAUAAUACAUCACAGUAUUUAGUAAAAAUCAUUUCUAUUCUUAUUUUUAUUGUAUUAAAGGACAGAAUUACACUUGUCAGUUACCGGCAUUCGAAUGUGUAUGAAAUUAAGGCUAGUGGUUAACCCUUUCAGACCUGAACGAUGUGAAUGUGAAAAAGACUCCAUUUUCCGCGCUUAGCCUCUCACUUGGGCCAUUGUGCGUAUCAACCUGAACGAUACGGGCGUGAGUUGUAACUUUAAAAAAUUCUAAAACCGCGCGCAAUUCAUUUUUACGCACGAAGCUGAAAUAACAUGAUAGUGAGAUUCUAAAGCAGCCAAUAAGAAAUCAUUUUAGCGGUUAAGUGGUGCAGUAGUCUCGUGCGUGCCGGCAAGAUGGCUUGCCUCCAAAACACGAAAAUAUAUUUAUUCUGAAAGAAAAAAAUCUUAGGCCUGAAAGGGUUAAUUUCCUUAUAAAAGUUAUGUUUUCUACUAAUUCUUUAAAUUUACUGUCAAAAUGUAAAAAAAUAAUGUCAAGUAGUUACUCGUUGUCGAUGGUUCAAGUAUGUAUUUGUUGCCUAUAGAGAUCAAAAUUGUGUUUGAUCAAAGCAGCCAUUCUGAUAUCCGAAUACGGUAAACGAUCAAGUGUAAUACGGCCGUUGUGUAGCAACGAUAGGGAACUCACUGAUAGGGCUGUAUGCGUAUAUCCUCAAAUCUUAUAUAUUAAAAAAAAAACUUUCAGUAUCCAAAUUUCUACCAUAAAUGUUAAUAAGUGGUAUUUGGAAAGUGACAAAAGAACUGUAAGCUUUUUCAAUGUUUAGCCAUUUUAAAAAUAUUUGCAAAAAUAUAUCUGGAACGUGAACUGUAAAAGGUAUAAUGUAAAAAAUUUUAUAACAUAAUUGCUCAUAUUUUAAAAAUUAACAAUUUGUAUGUAUGUUCAAACAAACAACCGAUGUUUACUAUUACAAAACAUACACAAAUUUAUUAUUUAACUAGCGGUCCGUCCCGGCUUCACACGGGUGGACAUUUUAACAUUUUAAAAAUAUUAAGGCUGCACACGCGACGGAAGCUUAAAAAUGGAGUCAUUUCUCCCGUUUUCCUAACAUUUCCCUUCACUGCUCUGCUCCUAUUGAUCGUAGCGUGAUGAAAAGUAUACUAUAACCUGUCCAGGAGUAUGAAGAAUAAUUAUACCAAGUUUCGUUAAAAUCCGUCGAGUAGUUUUUGCUUCAGACAGACAGACAGACAAAAAUUUCACUGAUUGCAUUUUUGGCAUCAGUAUCGAUCACUAAUCGACCCCUGAUAGUUAUUUUGGAAAUACAUUUCAUGUACAAAAUUGACAUCUCUACAGAUUUAUUAUAAGUAUAGAUAAGUGCAUUAUUGAAGCCUGACCAAUGGGUUCCCUACGAGUCCUUUGUUAACUGACUGCUUAGUCCGCCAUGUAAUACUAUUACGUUAUGUUUGCUUCUAGUAGUUAAAUCCCGUAGCGAUAUCUGCGGUAGAAGCAUAAAUUAUUAUAUAUAUUGUUUUUAUUUAAGGAAAUAAAAAUGUCUGGGAGUGGAUGUGGCGAGAUAUAUAAAUCUGUAACUAAUAUGGGAUGCUGGAAAUAGUUUCUGCAGGGUGAAACCGAAAUCUUUAGUGUCAGUGAAACAUUAACGCUUUCAACACAAAGAAA